GACGCGGAGCCUUUAUUUUUGCAAGCCUCCCAAAACUGACAAGGGCUUGGUGACACCUAUAGCGUCCAUCCACACAAAGCUUCUUAACAAACCUGAAGUUUGGACUGAAGAUGCAAGCAGCUGGCCGCCUGAGACUGAGGAUGUGGCUGGAGGAGCAGAUUGAGUCUGGGAAGUAUCCGGGAGUCUGCUGGAUCGACAAGUCAGAGCGAGUUUUCCAAAUUCCGUGGAAACAUGCAGCUCGUCACGGCUGGAGUAUCGAACAUGACGCCACUCUCUUCAGGAGUUGGGCCGAGCACACUGGUCGAUACCGUCCGGGCCAACACAAAGCAGACCCAAAGACUUGGAAAGCCAACUUCCGCUGUGCCCUCAACUCUCUCCCUGACGUAUUUGAGCUACGCGAGCGCAGCAACAAGAGAGGCAGCGACGCCUACAAAGUCUACAAGAUGCUCCCUGGCCCCCCUCGCAACCGAGGCCUCAGGAUGCCGAGUCAGCGCCUCAAAAAGCAGCAAAGUGUCAGAGGCAUUGCAUCAGUUGAGGUUUUGCCACUGCCAUGGCAACCUCCGAGCGGCACUUCAAGCACUCAUGAGGCAUCACUCAGCGUCACCAAUAUACAGAACACGUCAUUGGAGACCAUGAAGGAGGAGGAUGCAUCCAAGGUAUCCCGAGAGGAUCCUCCAGACUAUCAAAAGCUGAUUGGUCACAGCAGCAGCACUGCUGAGGCGUGCUACCACACUUGUGCUCAGAGAGGAUGGAAGGCUUACUCACUGUGGGACCACUGGCACUGUCCAGUUGAUGACACCUUCCUCUCCCUGCACAUAGACAACGGCAAUGAGGUUUUGGGGGCGUCAGAUCGGUUCUUACAUCAGCAGACCCUCCCAGAGUGGCAACAUCAGGAACAAUGUGUCUGUGUGUGCAUGUCACAUACCUGAUGACUUUUUAUUUCUGCAAAGUCGCUGAAAUAAAAGAUGAAAGAUCUUGUUCCAAGCCACGCAUUAAGCUCAUGUAACUUCUUUAUGCUUAAGUGCUUCAUACUCACGUCAGUGACUCCCUGGAGCAACAAAAUGAAAAGAUCUCAUUUCACAUUAUUAGGACCAUUAGGAAGAAAAAAAAAUUAUGUUCAAUGAAAACCAGU